AUGGAUUUGUCAUACUUCAACGAGUUUGUUGAUAUAAACGCGAUCAAUGAACAGGACGAAAUCAAUUACCAUCAAACUGCAUCUGUCGACCACGAUUUUAUGUCUAGUGAUGAUGAUAUUUGUUCGACUGAUGAUGAUAAUACCGCAAUUGGGAAAGUCGGCAUCAUUGCUGAACGUAUUCCAUGGGAUUUCCCACAAGUUGAAAAUAUUGAUCAAUCCAUUCAAGUUCCUGAUGUUACAAACAUUGAUCAACACUUGGUAAUAGCUGGUAAAUCGUAUUGGAUUCCAUAUGUCCCUAAUGAUAUCAAGCCAAUAAUAAACCAUAAAUACCCAUCUGAUGAUGCAAUUGAAGACAUGUACAGAAGAUAUGCAUGUGCAGCAGGUGGUAGUGAUGCUCAGAUGCUAAAUAACAGAAAAGAAAAUGUUAAGAAUUUUUCUUUUGAUUAUCGAGUUGAGAAUAAACAGUUGAAUGCUCUUUUUUGGGCAGAUGAAACAUCCAAGAGAAAUUAUAAAGAGUUUGGUGAUGUAGUUUCUUUCGAAGCUACUUUCCGAACUAACAGGUACCAUAUGGUUUUUGUCCCAUUUACUGGAAUUGAUAAUCACAAGAGGUGUGUCACUUUUGGUGCUGACUUGUUGAGCAGAGAAGACAUUGAUUCCUAUAUAUGGUUGUUGAAAUCUUUUCUUAAAGCUUUUGGCAAACAACCUUUGUUGGUUUUAUCCGACCAAGACCCUGCAAUGAAGAAAGCCAUCGAAACUGUUUUCCCACAAUCGAUUCAUAGGCUUUGCAUGUGGCAUAUCACAUUUAAAUUGCCAUUGAAGGUUUCUUUGAACAUUGUCAACAAUCCAGAGUUACGUAAAAAGUUCAACUUCUUGAUAUGGAAUUCUAGGCUUGAAGUUGAUGAGUUUGAGGUAGGGUGGCAGUCAUUACUGAAUGAAUAUAAGCUCACGGAUAAUAAAUGGUUAGAUGAUAUGCAUGGAUUGAGACAUUUCUGGAUACCCGCAUUUUUCAAGCAUAUACCUUUAUCAGGAUUAAUGCGAACCACGUCUCGUUCUGAAACUACUAUGGAGAAGCAAAGAUUCACUCAGUCAUCUUUUGACUUCAAAACUAACGACAAACAUCCAACAAUGAGGACACCAUUUGAGAUCGAGAGGAAUGCCUCUAUGUUUUACACUCGCACUGUCUUUCGUCAAGUUCAAAAUGAAAUGUACUUGUCUAUGGUUUCAUGUACUCAAAUUUCGAUCAGCACAUUCGACGAUGUGGAUGAGUGUCUUGUCAAAGAAUUUAUUAAUUACAUUCCUUCUAAUGCAAAUGCUUGUCAGCUUGAUCCAGAAGUUGAAAAUGAUGAUCAAUGGGAUAUACCUAUACGUGAGUCUACUUACAAGCUUGAAGCAAAGUUCCUUUCCAAUUUCACAACUCAUGAAAAAGGAAACAAGAAUAAAGAGUUCGAAAAAACACUUGGUGUUACCAUUCCCACUAGUGUGGAUAUUCAAAAUCCUAGAGAAAUCCGCAACAAAGGAAGUGGUACUAAAAAAAGAAUGAAAAGUUCGAGAAAGGUGACAAUAGAAAAAUCAAAGGGUUCCAGAUGCAGUUAUUGUCGCAAUGGCAACGAUCAUGAUUGGCGAAAUUGCCCUGUAAGAAAAGAAGAUGAGAAGAACAACAUUUUCAAAGAACGUCAUGGGAAGAAGAAUUAA